AUGUCCUGCCAGCAGAGCCAGCAGCAGUGCCAGCCUCCUCCCAAGUGUUGCCCUCCUAAGUGCCCUCCUGUCUCUUCCUGCUGUGGCUCCAGCUCUGGGGGCUGCUGUGGUUCCAGCUCCGGGGGCUGCUGCAGCUCUGGCGGUGGCGGCUGCUGCCUGAGCCACCACAGGCCCCGCAGAUCUUUCCGUCGCCAUCGUCACAGCUCUGGAUGCGGUAGCAGCGGUGGCAGCAGUGGCUGCUGUGGCAGCAGCGGUGGCAGCAGUGGCUGCUGUGGCAGCAGCGGUGGCAGCAGUGGCUGCUGUGGUGGCAGCAGUGGGGGCAGCAGCCAGCAGUCUGGGGACUGCUGCUGA